AAUAUUUGCACUUUUUAAUUAGCUAAUGAUCGAUUUGUGCAAAACCAAGACGUUUUCCAAAUCAGAUUACCCUUGUGGGGCUUCCCCUAACCAGAUUCCCAGUCGAGACAUGACCGCCACACGCAAAACUUUGCAAAAAUUCCUUCUCCUCCUUUUAUUUCACUCAAUCUCGACCAAAUUCCUCGACGACAUUUGUGGCCACAUCAACGGUCAGCGAAUCUUCCUCGAGUAUGGCGAAUCGGGCACUCUGGAAGCCAACUACUCCAACAACAUUUUCGAGCGAUUUUACAAAACCAAACCCGAGAGACGCUGCAUCGUCGAGUUCGUUUCGUGCCCCUCUUGCGUCAUAAAAAUCACCUUCAAUUUUAUGAAUUUGUCGACUUGUGGUGGCGACACUUGUGCUUGUGAUCACGUGUGGAUCUACCAGCCCACGUUCGAGCAGUCGUCGGAGCAGUUUUGCAGGUUUACCAACAGCUCGAUGGUCUACCAAAGUCAGACAAGACGCGCAAUUGUGGUUUUUUUGUACUCAAAGAAGUACGAAAUUGCCUUCAGUUUGGACUACGUUUCAGAACGUAACAAAGUGGUACUAACCGGUAAUGGUACCCAAAUGGUACAAAGCCCAUUUUUCCCCAACUUGUACCCAUCGGACUUGACCAUGGAAUACACCAUUGGGUGCAAAACCGACAACACUUGCAAAAUCAAUCUAGUCUUCACCGACUUUCUCAUAGCGCCAACUUCGAUCAUUGAUUUUUUUGACGCCUCAGGCGACCGGAUUUACGUUACAACCGGAAAUAUUUUUCGUCCGCCUGUUAUCACAUCUGGGUCAUCACUCGUGAUAAGAUUUUACGCCAAUGGGGCCACUGGGCUCGGUUUCAAAGCCUACUAUUCCUACAUCAGCGAUGUGACGAACAUAGAUUGUGGGGGGCAAGUGGGGAAUCCCGGGGGUGGGAUUACCAUGAUGGAUAUGGUCCAAGAUGGGUUGAAAUCAUUCGAUUGCAUUUGGUUGGUGAAACCCCCGGAAACGUAUCACUUGAAAACGCAUUUGUACGUCAAGGUGGUCAAUUUUUCCGGUUUUGCGGGGAGUACCGAAUUGACAGUUCGGCAAGGUUUGACCUCGGAUGGACCAGUGGUUGAGAAUCUGAAACUCUCCUUGCCCUUAUUCUACACCCAAAAAAAUCGUGAACACAUUGUGGAAAUCUCCCAAGGGUUUUAUAUCCGUUUUAAGGGCUUGUUUGGCCCUCAAUCCCGUCUUGCCAUAGUCUAUGCAGCUUUUAACUACAAUGAGUGUCUUUCCGGUUCUGAUUUUUUGUGUCACAACAAACGUUGCAUUUCCUCCCUUCUCAAUUGCGACGGUUUUGACCACUGUGGUGACAACAGUGACGAAUUCGCCCUUAGGUGUGCCAAUGACCGGCGUCAGGGGUCCCAAACCCCCCAUUUCCUCUUCCCCAAAGCCACUUUAACCACUUUUGCCACCUCAACUCUCGCCUUCCUCUUGUGCAGUUUCGGCUUGGUGGGGUUUAUUUUCGCAAUGGUGGUACUCCUGUACCGCAUUAGUAUCAAAUCGCGUCACCAGAGACAAAUCCAGGACCAUAUCGAGACCAUUAACGCAAUUCUCGAAGAAGGGGUUGUGGAAAUUGAAGAAGAGAUUAUAAUCCCGGAUGAUCCUCCGGAUUAUGAGCCACCGCCGGAUUAUGACGAGGUGAUCAAGUGUUUUGUUCCGAAGAAGAAGAGAUGCUCCAAGUGUCAAGGGGGGAUUCCGGAGUCGCCACCGCCGGCUUAUCAAGGCGCGUCAUUGUCACGAGUUUUGGAGUUUUUGGCGGGGGAAACGCCCGGAAAGGGAUUUCGGGGGAGGAGAAUCCGGUUUUUGUCCGACUCUGAGUGCGACCAAAGGGUUUAUUCUAGAAAAGGGUUUUUGAAGAGAAGUUUUACUGUCGAUGAUAUUACCCUAUUUGUUUAA